AUGACGAUGAACCAUCCCAACAGGGCGCCCUUCUCGGCCAGAAAGAUCUUCACGCGCCCCGCCAACCUGCACCUUGUAAAGUCGAAUGGAAGGGGGCCUUCAACUCUCGCGCCAGUCGGCACUGCCUCUGAAGAGCCGCACUCGAGGAUGGAGGAUCCCAAACCGCAUUUCACUCAGCCGCCUAUUCAGACUCUCUCUCCGUGGACGUCAUUGAACGCUUCCCAACCGGGAACCACUCCGCACCCCUACAGCUCAUUCUCUUUUUCAGAAGAAAGCGCUUGGGCUAGCAGCCCUUGCUCGUCCACCAUGUCACGUCAACUGUCGGUCCGGUUCUCGACUGCGCGGACAUCGUCCAAGACCGUCUUGAAGACAGGCGAGCUGACGUGGGCAUAUGCAGGAAGCGGAGCGAAAAGGAUAGCAAGUGGCUUCGAGCGGAGCACGAGACGACGACACCCGCACGAGCCCGUCGGCGGCCCCAGUCAGAAUGUGUUCGCGGUUCUCGAGCGCCACGACUCCGAAAGUCCGAGACGGGAGUCGUACGCAGCACGACUGGACGAAUACGGUACUCUUCAGCGUACACCGUCGUCGAUUCCGUACCUUGCCAGCCCCGGAGCAUGUGACCCCUCACCUUUCGACAACAACGAGCUCGAAUCGUUGGUGCCACCGCCGGUGCCACUCUGCCUUGACGAUCUCAGUCGAUGGACGCCACCGUCUGAAUGGGCCGUCUCAGAAUCGGGGUCCAGCAGCCAAGAAUCGAACGGCAGAUCUUCGACCCCGUCGAGCUCAGACCAUCUCUCCACCCCAAAAUCGUCGCCGGGCACCCGCACAGAUCAGCAGGAGACAUAUCUCAAUCUCUAUUCUCGCAAGUCUGAUCUUUCCCGCUCUUCUUCUGGGCGCCCAUUGAUGCAGUUGCUCAUCACAAACGACAGUACGGUGGAGAUUCAGCAGUAUCGAACUGAAGUCCCUGAUCCAGGCUCGUCCGAGCAUCCAGUCCAAUGGCAGAUCAUCGUCACGGGGCAUUCGACGGCGCAGCUUUCUUCCAGCGAGAUCUACUCCACCUCGAAUUCCGCAAACAGCGAUAGCACCGAGUGCAGGGCUGUCUGUGCCUUGACUUCGCCCAAUGUGGCGGAGUUGAGGUCGUGGCUGGACUGUCUCAAGUCUGUCAUCCAAGCUUGCAGAAAGCUCAGCAGCAGUAGCAGCAGCCGAUCAGAGUACAGGAGAUCGUCAAGCCACUCGAUUCUUGCCACCAUCCGUCUGCUUGAGCAGCUCGAGCUGCAGAGUCGGUGUGAACGUGGUAUGCAUCGCAGCCCAUCAAGCAAGGUAGACGGAGAAGAACCUACGACUCCCGUCCUCUCGUCUCGCUACUUGUCGCCGACUGCAGCACGUGGAAGCACCGCCGCUCCCAAUUGCAGUUCUGGCUUUUCAACAUCGUCCUUCAUCGACAGCUACGCACUGAGCCCAGCAUCGGCGGGUGCGGACGUAGCCGUCCAAAACACGAGCGGCACGGAGGCGGUGUACGACUAUGAGGAGGCCUACUCGAGCAUCAUGCAGCGAUUUUCGGAGUACGACAUCGCGAGCCCCAUGGAAGCUCUUCCGACACCGGCACGGCUCGAUCCUCAUCGGGGCCAUGCGCGGUCAGCAUGCCUUGACGUGCCCGUGUCGCCAUGCAGCUUCGAAAUUGGUCGCGACAGGUGGGUCGAAUACGAAGGCGUGCCGGGCAGCCCACUCGAUCCAUGGCUUUCUCAUCAUAUCUCGCUGCCCAUAUCUGGCCGAAAGAUGCGGGACGAGGAUGGGUUUGGCGACGAUGCAGUCAUGCGGAUCUUUGCUGAGGGCUUCCGACGUCGGUCGUCAGCGGCUACCACAAACAGCAUCAUUCUUUCGGCCGAAACAUGA